AUGCCAAUGAUUGAUGAAAAAACCGCUGGUAAUCAUUCUAGUGAUAAGGCAACACCAGAGCAGAAGGGAGAGGGGCCAUCCUUGAUGAUUUCGGAUAUGGUGACACUCGACUGGGGAAGGUUGAAGGAUGAUGAGGAGGAGGCUUGCAUUAUCUUCAAAGCUGGCAAAAAUCAAGAUGGCUAUUUUUCGGCUGAAGACUUGCUUGUCCAGGUUGAAUGGGCAAUAGAUAUAUUUGAACGCAAAACCAAUGGUUUUGCUACAGGUUUAUUUAUGUUUGAUAAUGCACCUAGUCAUCAAAAGUGUGCGCCUGAUGUGGUGUCUGCAUGA